AUGGAUGAGGAGGUCUGGAACAAGCUGCGGCAGCAGCUGCGCAGUCUGCAAGACAACAUCGAUCAGAUCACCACGAAGUUUGCGCCGGGGCCUUUCACUGCCGAGUACCAGGAUGCUGGCAAGAUGCAUUCGGUUUGUGGCCCGAGGCCGAAGACAGGUACGCUCUCGGCCAGCGAAGGAACCCUCGGGUACCCUUCAAAAACUCCGCAGAGUGCCCGGUCCCAUCGUGAGAUGGACACGCGUAUCUUCCUGCCGCCGCAGCACGUGCCCCAGAUGGGUCCCACGGGUCCUACGAGUCCUGUGGGUCCCAUGGGUCACAUCCCAGGGCGCUUCCAGCGCGUCUCCCAUACCCAGCUGCCAGUGCCACAAACCCCGCAAACUCCACAGUCCACAAGCUCCAACUCAAGCAUGCGCCCACAAGGCCCGCAGGGCCCACCAGCCUGGCAUUUGCAAAGUCAUUUGCCCGAACAUGUUCCCAGCAGCGCGACUUCUGAAAGCUCUGCUACCGUCUCCAAGGCGUGUGCCAAGGGUUCAGGGAAAUUGCAGCACGAAUUAGAGGCUGUCGGCUAUGCGCCGACGUUUGAACAGUGUUGUGAGCAGAGUGCUUUUGGUAGGCGGGCAGCUGUCGUCGAGCAUCCUUUACCAGCAGCGGCACCGGUGAGCUACAGCCAAGAUCUCAGGAAUUGA